UGGGCGCUAGACACAAGGAUUAGUCUAAAAUCCAAGGGACUCGGUGAUACUAUCAUCGAGGACAGCAAUGAGAAUGAAAAGAAUAGAUACAGGGCCAUAUGUUAUAUGCGCCAUCAUCUCAUUGAAGGUCUUAAGGAUCAGUACAUGACGAUUGAGAAUCCAUUGGAUCUUUGGAAUGCUUUAAGGCACAGAUAUGAUCACCAAAAGAUGGUGUUGCUUCCAAAGGCAAGGCACGAUUGGAUGCAUCUCAGAUUCAUGGACUUUAAGUUCGUGGAUGAGAAUAACUCAGCCUUGUUCAAAAUCGUCUCAAUACUAAGGCUGUGUGGUGAAGAAGUGUCCGAUGUGAUGAUGCUUGAAAAGACCUAUACGACUUUCAAUCAGUCGAAUUCUGUGUUGCAACAGCAAUAUAGAACAAAAGGUUUUGCCACAUACACUGAUCUGAUCUCCUGUCUACUCUUGGCCGAGACAAAUAAUGAGCUUCUCAUGAAGAACAGUGGAGCUAGACCGGCCGGGACAGCACCAUUACCCGAAGCCCAUGACAUUGAAAAGAAAGAUCCCAAAGAAACCUACUAUGCCCAAGACAACAGGAAACCAUACGGUCAUAGCCGUGGUGGGUACAGGGGGCGUAGGCGUGACAAUCAUAACGGUCGAGAUAACUACUCAACCGGCCGAAGAGGAAACCACAAUAACCGUGGUUGGUACAGAGGGCGUAGGCGUGACAACCAUAACGGUCGAGAUAACUACUCAACCGGCCGAAGAGGAAACCACAAUAACCGUGGUCGUGGUUCCAAUUACGGUCGGGGCCGAGGGAGUUAUGGCCGUGGACGAGGUGGCAUAUCCAAACCAUCUCACACGACCAAGUCCUUAUGUCACAGAUGCGGGAUGGACAAUCAUUGGGCCAAGAACUGCAGAACUCCAAAGCACUUAUGCGGGAUGGACAAUCAUUGGGCCAAGAACUACAGAACUCCAAAACACUUGUGCAAACUCUAUCAAGAGAGUAUCAAGAACAAGAACCCGGAGGUAAACAUGAUCCAUGAAAACGGUCAUGACGACAAAGGAUAUGGAUAUGAUGCUGAUGAUGAAUCCGACAGAGACAACAAAGAUGACCAAAUGGAUUUUGAGACAUCCGACUGUCUGAUGGACUAG